AUGAGUUCUCCACACUGACUGAUGACGAGGUGUUCGUGUUAUUCUGUUUUCUGUGUUCUGAUUCCGGUCCUCCUGACUUCACUGACAUGGAGUGGCUGGACUUGCUUAAUGAUAUACGACAAGUAGUGUACGGUAAAGAGAAACCUGUAACACGAGAAGAAACACAUCAAAUUAUGGACAGACUGAAGUCCCGUGAUUUCCUCUGGGAAGAUAAGGACAGGAUAACGAAGGACACAAAGGAUGAGACAAUGUAUAGGAUAGCAUCAAUAGACAAUGUUAUACCAUUCAUUUACUGUAGUUAUGACACAGCAAGUGUCUACUUGAGAUCACAGGGAUACAACAGAAAGCCUGGAGAGAAGUGUGUCCGUAGUGUCUAUGAUUCCUUACUGAUACGCCGUCUACAGAUGAACAUUCUGACUCACAUCACCUUGGGGGACAGGAUAAUUUAUGAGCUGUUAGUCCGGUUUUUAAACACACCGUACAAAGAAAUAGGGGGGAAUCUAAGUGAACGGACGCAGUUAUUAAUAACGUUAACAGAACAAGGAGAGGCUGUACAUAACGGAGGAAGAUCACAUGACAGUAUAGAUCACGUGACGUGGCUCUGGAGAUACGGGAGACCUGACAUCGUGAGAUCCUGUAUAGGUCUACAUCCACACAAUGACAUUUACAUCAUUGACAACAAAGCUUACAGAAAACCAAGUAAGUAUGGACUGUUACAACGCGAAAU